AUGGCUUCCUCCACCAAAACAUUCGACUGCAUCGUGAUCGGCUCAGGACAGAGCGGCACGCCUCUUGCCACAUCCCUGGCGCAGAGUGGUCGCAAAACAGCUCUCAUCGAGCGCUCGCAUAUCGGUGGGUGCUGCGUAAACGAGGGAUGCACGCCUACGAAAACAAUGAUCGCAAGUGGUCGAGUCGCGUACUUGGCCUCUCGUGCAGCGGACUAUGGAGUCUACCAAAAGACACAGACGCCCGCCUAUGCUGUUCUUCGAGGACCCAAGGACGGCGAACAUGCUCCCAUCCCUGGUGCGGUAAAGAAGAUGCCGAUUAUUGACAUGGUCAAGGUGAGGCAGAGGAAGAGAGAUAUUGUGCAGACCUUCAGAGGUGGAAGCGAAGCACGGUUGAAAAACGUCAAGAAUUUGGAGAUUGUAAUUGGCGAAGCGAGCUUCACUUCUGCGCAUGGUCUUUCUGUGAAGGCUGCUGAUGGUACAACGACUGACUACGAAGCUGAGACGUUCUUUAUCAAUGUUGGUGAGCGCCCACGAAAGCCAUGGCUACAAGGCUUACCUGAAGUCGAGGCUAGUGAGCUCAAGGAUCGCAUACUCGACUCGACUAGCAUACAGGAGCUUGACCAUGUCCCGGAGAAGCUGAUUGUGCUCGGUGGCAGUUACAUCGGUAUGGAGUUUGGGCAGCUUUUUCGGCGACUCGGUAGUAAAGUCACAGUCGUGCAGCGCGGCAAACAAUUGGUGCCUCGAGAAGACAAGGAGUUUGGCCAAGCAAUGCUUGAUAUUUGCAAGGAUGAUGGUAUCGAGGUCAUCUUCAACGCUUCAGAUGCUCCCGAGGAUACCAUCGCUGUCUCAAGAGACAAGAGGUCGAUCGUACUUACCUGCAACAUCGAUGGUACAGCGACAAAAGUGGAGGGCUCCCAUAUCUUAUUCGCCGCUGGCAGGACUCCCAAUACUGACGCACUUAAUCUGGACAAGGCAGGAAUAGAAGUGGACAAGAGAUUCCAUAUCAAAGUCAGUCCGACACUGCAGACAUCGAUCCCACACAUCUAUGCACUGGGCGACUGCCAUGGUGGCCCAGCUUUCACGCACAUAUCCUACGACGACUUCCGCAUCAUCAAAGCCAACUUCAUAGAUCAGACGGCGAAGCAGCUGAGCACAGCAGACCGUAGAAUACCAUACGUAAUGUACACCGACCCUCAACUGGCCCACGUCGGCCUCCACGAGCACGAAGCUCGUAGAGAGCACGGUGGGGACAAGGUCAAAACCGCAAGUAUGCCGAUGUCGUACGUUGCUCGUGCGCUGGAGACGGAUGAGACGAGAGGCUUGAUGAAAGCUGUUGUGCAUGCUGAGACGGAACAGAUACUGGGUUUUACUUGUCUCGGGUUGGAGGGAGGAGAGAUCAUGAGUAUUGUGCAGGUUGCCAUGAUGGGUGGGUUAAAGUAUACUGCGUUGCAGCAGGCGGUGUUCGCUCAUCCGACUUUGGCGGAGAGUUUGAAUAAUCUGUGGGGGUUCUUGAAGUAG